AGUGUGUAAAGCGCAUUACACUUCCUAACUCGUUGUACUAGAACUUGUUCGACUGCAUGUAUAUACAAACAUUUCGAUUAACAAGAAAGAAAAUAUUUAACAAACUUUUUUUGAAACGAUACUGCGGAAUUAUUCAGCUUGUGCAUUUUUCAUUAUUGAUGGUACAAUAUAAUUACUGGAGACUCCUUUCUUUUUUUUUCUUACCCGGCGUUGACCACUGCUACCAAUAAUGUCAGGAGGACAGAAAAAUCCAGCAAGAGAGAGAACGAGUAUUGGAAUAGGACAUGGCAAUAAGAAACGAAGCAUGGCUAAACCACAGAAACACAUUACAGAAAGCAAUGACAGUGCUGAUGUAGUAGUAAAGAAGAAAAAUCAGUUUGAACCGAUAGAUGUAACAUGUCCAUCAUGCAGUUCAAAAAUAACGACAGAGGUGACCUACGAACCUGGAUUAUCAUCAUGGAUGGCUUGUUUGGUUUGUUCUUAUUUAGGGUUGGUUCUUGGAUGUUGCUUGAUUCCGUUUCUACACAAAAGAUUUAAAGAUUGUGUACACACAUGCCCGAACUGUAAACAAAUAGUCAAAAGAUGUAGCAGGCUAAAGAGCAAGAAAUAAUGAGACUAUACAGUAAAAACUUGACUUCAAAGGGCUGAAAAAUAUGUUUUUUUUAUUAUAUAUUUUUUUUAAAUAUUUGUUUAAAUGUACUUUAUAUGAAUAGUAGAUGUUGAAUAGACUUAUUAAUUAAUAUAUGUAAACCAUAACGCCACCUUUUUUGAAAAUGUAAGAAAAAAAUAAUAUGAAACACUUCUAGUUCUCAAAAUUCAGGAAUGUGUUAGUAUAUAAAACUGUGGAAACUUGUUAAUGGUUUAUUAUAAACGUUAUCUCAUAGUUUCUACUGGAAAAGAUAAAUAACACGUUUUUUCAAUAAUAGAAUUAUUAAUAAAUAAAGGCAACAGUUAGUUACUGGUGUUCAAAAAUCAAAACAAUUAUUGAGAAAAAACAAAUUCGGGUUACAAACCAAAACCGAGGGUAAACAUAUCAAUUAUAGAAGGAAAACAAUGGAACAACAGGAACAACAGGAACGACGAUGUGCAACAAAAACAAACGCCACCACACAAAGAAAUGAACUGU